UCCCAUAUAUAUCUUUGGUGUUUUAUUUCUCCAUGGAGUAAGCACAAAGAAAAGCUUCCGCUUGCCAGCUGCUAUUGAAACAGUUUGUUGUGGUUUUUUUCGUACAAAUUGAAAAGUUUAACAUUUUCGUAAUAAUGCAUAUAUAUGAGUUGUAUUGUUACUGACAGAUUUAUGACAUGAGGCAACACCUUUCGAGUAGAUAGGGGUUGCCGGCCUGUAAUCAUACUCAUGAUGUCACUUGUUGAUCUGGGAAAGAAGUUAUUAGAGGCUUCUCGGCAGGGCCUGCAAGAUGAAGUCAAGAUUCUCAUGGCCAAUGGAGCACCAUUUACAACUGAUUGGCUUGGCACAUCCCCCCUUCACCUUGCUGCACAUGCUGGUCAUGUACCCACUGCUGAAGUCCUUCUUAAAGCUGGAGUUAGUCGUGAUGCCAGGACAAAGGUUGACCGGACACCUCUACACUUGGCUUCCCAAGAAGGUCAUAAAGAAAUUGUUCAGUUACUGAUUGAACAUGGUGCUGAUAUCAAUGCUAAAGACAUGCUUAAAAUGACACCACUGCACUGGGCAGUUGAGCGACUGCAUGCUCCUGUCAUCAAAUUAUUACUGGAAAAUGGCGCAGGUUUGGACAUUGUAAACAAGUUUGAGAAGACACCAUUGGACAUAGCUUCAGAUCACCAUCAUCAAGAGGUCAUCGCCUUAUUACAAUUGGCUCAGGGAGUGACUAGUGAGGUGACUAUAGAGGAAGCGCCGUGUGUAUACAUCACAACAGCAGACUGUGAUUCAUCAAUUACUAGCAGUUCCACUCCAGCAUCUACUGCACUGCAGAACUUUGUCACGGCAGCAGCAAAGGCCAAGUCUAAGGCUAAUUGCAAAGUGGUCACUAAAGUACCCACAACAGCAAGUUCUACAUCAGUGCUAGCAACAUUAGCAGCUUUAGCGGAGGCCUCUUCACCCCUCAACAAACCAUCACCCACCAGCAGUAGGAGCAACUCUCUCUAUGGUACAAGUAGUGAAUCACUUCAGAUGUACACACUAACAGAAGCUGGGAAGUUAGCCAUGCAGUGGAAGAAAUCAAGCAAUGAUGAGAACCAAAAGCAGGACGUACAUUCUUCAGAAUCAACCCAGAAAGUUAUUACUAUUGUUCAAAACAGCGAGGAAGAACCAGAAAUCAUUUUAAAUAAAAGCAGUUGUGAUUCCACACCGGUGACAAUUUCCUUCAUCGGUGAAGAUUUACAGGAUUUGAAGACGGGUAAGACCAAUGAAGAUUCAUUGCAUCGACAGUUACAAAAGGCUCAAAAACAAGCUGAAAAAUAUAAACAACAACUUGCAGCUAAAGAAAGAGAAGCUGAGGACUAUCGCAAGAGGUUACAGGAGAUAUCAGGGAGUGAUCAAUCGCACAAUACAUAGUACAUGCACAUGUAUUAGUAAACAACGUAUACAUUUGUGUCUGAUGUUUCAGGUGUAUAAAUGCAGGUGUAAACAAGCCUGCAACUUUGCUUAAUGUCUUAAGUAUACUGUAUGUUUGAGUGCUGUCAAACUUAUAGUUGUAAUUGGGCAGGUAACAAUGAAGCAAAAAUGAGGACAAGUUUUGGCAGAAAGCAAAUGGGAAUCUGAGUGAUGUCUUCAUAGUAUGACAGUGACACAAUUAGCAGACUAGCAUUCACUCUCAUAUGCUCAUAUUUGCCAUGAAAUUAAUAUCAUCCUGAUGGGUGCAACCCAUUAAUGUUGAAAACUGUUUGAAGAGCUCAAUCACAUUUUCUGCAAUUUGUUUUGCAUCCAUGCAGUAAAAGUAUUUAAGGACUAUGAUUAUAUUUACAUGACUUUAACAUCCUGGCCAAAAUGAUCAGUCUUGGCCACGAUGGAGGCUUUCCCAUUUGUUGAUAUUGCCAGGACAUUGCCAUUUUAUGCUCCUUUUUCUCAUUUUAAGAUUUUCCCAUUUCUUGAAAAUACCUUGUAAAAGGAUUUUAUACUUUAUUUUUUACAUAUACAUGUACCUGCAUGAAAGUAUCAAAAAGUCUGUCCAUCUGUUUAAAAAGCAAGUGUUGUAGACUAAAGCAUGCUUUUUUAAUAUGGAGGGUACAUGUACAUGCUGCUAUAUAACAUGAGAACAGAAUCGAGGAUAAUGCAUAAGGGAAAUAUUGUAUUCAGUUUGUAAUUCUUUCAAAAUGCUUGUUUUGUUUUGUACCAUUUUAGAACUAAAUAAGGGAUGUGCUGGCAAGACUUAUUAAUUGUCGUAACUACGGAUAUUUAAAACAAUUUCUGCACCCUCAGUUGUAUGUUGCAAGAAAAUGAACCCUAGUUAUGCCAAUUGGCUAAUCAUUUUUUAGUUCUUAAAAUAAAUUAUUGUGUAUUUCUUGCAUUGUGAAUGACAUCGUGUGAAACUAGUAGCACCUUGUUUUUUCUCAGUAACAUCAAGUGUCUACUUAUCAAAAUCCUCUUGACAGUGGUAACAUGGGAAACACAUUAAGUGUUAGAAAUUUGCUUUAUGGCUUGUGGAAAUGUUUGUUUUAGUUUUGGAUAAAGUUAGCUUUAUACAAUUUCAUGGUGUUGAUUGAUGCCAAACCAGGCAUGUUUUUGAAUAACCUGUGAACACCCAAGUGCUGUCUUCCAGAGUGAGCACUGAGCAGACCUGAAGAGAAGGUCAUGUGUCUGCUAACCAGCUUUGUAAAUGGAAGUUCCCUGACAGAUUUGCAGAGACAUAUUUUAUGGUUCUGCUUGCUGUAAGUAUGAAAAAUAUAUACUAAAUAUAAGAGAUUCGUGAAAAAUGGUUAGCCUAUUUCAGGGGUUUGAGAGGAAGUUGGCUUGCACAUGCAUGCAUGCCAUAACUGAGAAUUGUGUGCUUCGUGUUAGUGCAGAAUUUCCUUGGCAAUGUCAGCACAGAAUCAUGACUAUAAACAAAUCAUAUGGACAGGAGAGUCGUAAAACAGAGCCCUAUUUUACUUGUGCAAUAAGUGCUGCAAAUGUACUUGUUGAUAUGAGUUUCUACAUUUGGACGCCCCCCCCCCCCCCCCCCACACACACACACAAUAAGUUCUUUCCUUGAUGAAUAUGGGGGUUACCUGAAAAGAAAUUAAAAAAACAGAAACUUGUCCAAUAUAUUUCGCAUGUAGAAAAGUUCAUAUUUUCCAUGAUUACUAAUGGAAAUUGGGGCCAUAACAUGUAGCUUACAAACACAUUUGUAUUAUCACGGACAUAAAAAUUGUCAGACAUUUGUCUGAAAUCAUAUUUGUUAAGUCCGAGAAAAUUACAUGAUCAGUGUAGAAAGAGACGCACCUUUCAGACUCUUCAUCCAAUUUUCAAACUUUUUGUUAAAUUGACGACCUUAUCCCUGUCAUCACGAAUUAUGUUAAUGUAGAAAGCAUUUUUAAAAGUCAUCAUUGUAAAUGUUUAUAUUUGUAAUAAAAAAUAAAUACUUUCCUUUUCUCUUUGAUGAUUCUAUCAAAUCAAA